UCCCACUUCCUCCAUUUUCUUUUCUCAUAAUCCCAAAAAUACCCCCCAAAUCCUCCCUGCAUUCAAUUUUCGAAAAUCCAAUCAAACUUCAUUCUUAUGAUGACACCAAACAGGGUUAAAACUGUCAUUUAAAUAGUGACUAUUUAAUUCAUCUUUCAACGCAACAAUUUAACUUUCAACAAUGUCCAAUUUAUAGAACUCUCCUUGUUCCUCCUGCUCAUCCUUUCUUUGACAAUUGACUUCUCUUUCACAGUGUAUAUAUAUACAUAUACAUACAUACACUAGGAAUGUUUAAUUUGACCACUUUUGUUUGAUCCAAGACAUUUUCAACUAUACACAAAAAUUGAUCACGCCCAACUCUAGUCCUUGGCUGGAAAUAUAAUCUUAAGGGGGAAUAGAUGAUUGUGGAGACGGCGUUGGAAGUAUUAGUGCCGUCUUGGUGGGAGGUGAAAAUCACCGUAGCCGCGACGGCGUUUGUUAUAAUUUCUUACUGCUUCUUUAAUCUUGGCGGUGAUGGUAAUGGUGGUGGCGCCGAUGAUGAUUCUAGUGUUGGCAUUGAUGAUAAAGACAAGAUGAGCCAAUUAAAAGGAGACCCUCAAGCUAAUUCUGCAUAUAUAAUCAAGGUCGAACUGUUAGCUGCUAAAAAUCUCAUUGCUGCUAAUUUGAAUGGCACGUCAGAUCCAUACGUAAUCAUCACUUGCGGUGCCCAAAAAAGAUUUAGUUCAAUGAUCCCUGGUUCAAGAAAUCCUAUGUGGGGGGAGGAGUUCAACUUUUCUGUUGAUGAGCUUCCAGCAGAGAUAAAUGUGACAAUAUAUGAUUGGGACAUAAUUUGGAAAAGUGCUGUUCUUGGUUCUGUGACUGUACCUGUUGAAAAUGAAGGUCAGACAGGUGCAGUUUGGCAUACAUUGAACAGCACAUCAGGACAGGUUUGUCUUCACAUUAAAACAGUAAAACUCAAUGUCAAUUCAUCAAGGGGUUUGAAUGGUUGUGCUAAUACUCGUAGAAGGAUUGCUUCGGAUAAAGAAGGGCCUACUGUGGUUCAUCAGAAACCUGGGCCACUGCAAACAAUUUUUGAUCUUCCUGCUGAUGAGGUUGUUGAACAUAGUUAUUCUUGUGCACUUGAGAGGUCAUUUUUGUAUCAUGGACGUAUGUAUGUCUCCUCAUGGCACAUUUGCUUCCAUUCAAAUGUAUUCUCAAAGCAAAUGAAGGUAGUUAUUCCUUUAGGAGAUAUUGAUGAGAUAAGGAGGAGCCAGCAUGCAUUCAUUAACCCUGCUAUUACAAUAAUUCUACGUACAGGUGCUGGUGGCCAUGGGGUACCUCCUUUAGGAAAUCCUGAUGGGAGAGUACGAUAUAUGUUCGCAUCUUUUUGGAAUAGGAAUCAUGCAAUUAAAGCCUUGCAACGCUCAGCAACAAACUAUCAUGCCAUGCUAGAAGCAGAGAAAAAGGAGAGAGAACGGUCAGCACUACGGGCACAUAGCAGCUCAGUUAAAAGAAGUAAAAAGCUGGAUAUGAGUCGGGAAGAAAAUGUGCCAAGGACUGAGAAAUCUCAGCCUUUUAUUAAAGAAGAAGUCCUUUCUGGCAUAUACAAUGACAUCUUCCCAUGCACACCUCAGCAGUUUUUUGACUUACUAUUGGCUGAUGAUUCAAAUUUCAUUAGCGAGUACCGAACAUCACGCAAAGAUUCUAAACUCAAUAUAUGCCCAGGCCUGUCAGAAGGAGCUGACGAAGAGCAAGGGUUGCUGCUGAUGGUUUGGAACAUGAAAGUAGCACUGAGGGAAGAGCAUGUUAGGAGAUUUAGUGGGGAAGACUUCUGGAAUAGAAUGGAAAGAAGAAUGAUACGACAACUUCUGGAAUAGAAUGGAAAGAAAAAUGAUACGAUAACUCUAGGAAAUACUCUUUAGAUCGAUGAGGCAUCAAACCAUAAAGCUGGAGUUGCAUAUCACAAUCUGAAAAACAUUACUUGCUCAAAUUAUUUUAUCUUCUGAAGUCUGAUGAAUUAGAUGCAUUACUGUAUCUAAUCCCUAUUCCUACACAAAGGAUUUUAUGAUCAACAGGGAAUAAAUGCUUAUAUUGUACUGUUACUUAGCAACUUUAAGUCACCUAAAAUAUGAGUGGACAAUUUAGUCUUAGUCACUUUUUCCUGCAUACUGCAACAAUUUCCUUAAUUAAUAAAGGGUAUCCUUAAUUCUGGGAAAAAAAAAUCAAUGAUGCUAAAUAAAAAAAUUAAGGAGUAAGAAAGUGUUAAUAUGAGUUACUUAUGGAACAAAAAAGAAGUAACCUUUCAGAAGGAUGAAAACAACUGCUUAUAUUUACGUGAUGUGUUCUUUGUAGACUGGACCUCUUUCUUUCCUUUUGUCAGUUAAAUUCAACUGACCACUGCUGAUUUACUAAAUUAGUUUUGAAGCACCAAAAUUUCGGACUUCAAGAAGAAGAGGAAGUAAAUAUAAUAUGACGUAGUUGUCACAGGCGUACAUUUUUUUCUGCAAUGAGAUUAACGAAAUUUAACGCAUCUUUGGAAGGAGAUAUUACUCUAUGUUCAGUUGGUCCUGUCUAGCUUUAGUGACCUCAAAAUAGAAAUUGCUUUACUCCUGUGGCCUUAAUGGUGGCUAAACUUUCGAAUG